ACAUGAUAGCUUGAUGAAAAUGUGAAUCGAUUGAUCGACCUCUUUUAUAUUUUCAAUAUUGUAUAUCGACACGUGUGUGCGUGCUGAAAGAUCAAAACUGGUACACUCCAAGUGUUACGCUCUGCUUCACGAUAAUCGUGGGUCAGUAUAAUUAAUUCCGUACAAUUUGAAGCAGCUUAUUCUGAAGAUUCUCCAGGGAUCACUUCAAUUAUAAUUAUCAAGUUCUACUAAUAACAGACAAUAGGUUAAGAUUUCUGUAUGUUAGUCGUAGAUCUGAUCUAAAAGAUCCAAAAAGAAAGAAAGAUCAGAGGUUAUAAAUGUCCAUGAAAAUUAACAAUGCGAAUAAGAUUGAAUACGAUUCAUAUUAUAUUGAUUUUAUUAUUUUUCCCAAAAGAGUAUAGAUGCAACAAGUGUUAUCAGUGCAACAGCAAGAAGGACAAAGACUGCGGUUUGAAUAAGGUCGAUCCGAAAUAUCUCAAAAUCUGUCCAAUGACUCAUCCAUAUUGUCGUAAAUAUGUUUACAAAUACUAUUUCACGGACUCGAGAGAAUAUUCGACGAUUCGUGAGUGUGCAAAAUGGAGGAACGCUGAAAGGGAAUGUUAUCGAGGACGUUAUAGUGCUGACAGUUAUCAAUUGACUUGCGAAUGCAAAGGUUCUGGUUGUAAUCGUAGUGCUAACUUGAAACCUCAUUUACAUUAUCUCUAUACCCUAUCGCAACUCUUAGUCCUUUUAUACGCCAAUUAUAUUAUAUUCGAUGCUUGAAAAUCAUCAAAUCAUAAAUCAAGAGAUAUUAGUCACUGAUUAAAAAUAGUAAUUUUUU